AAAUGCAAAUAUGUUGUAAAAAUAAUCUCAAGGUUCCAGUAACCGGAGACACAGACAGAGGAAAAGCAGCAGAGAUCUGUCUAAGCGUUCCAUUGGACUGAAGAAUCUUUUUAUCUCCUGAAAAAAGAAGAAAAGAAGUGUAAAAUGGCAUAUGUUAGAAAUAAAUUUGUCGAGGCUGUGGAAAAAGCAAUGGAAGCUGGUAAAAAGAUGACUCCAGAACAAAAGCUAUUCACUUACGAUGGCAUUGUGUACCCUACAACUCUUUGCAGCCCAGAGGUCUUCAAAGCUCUUGAGUCUUUUGAAGCAAGGAGUGAUGAUGUCAUUCUAGAUGGAUAUUGUAAAUGUGGUAAUAACUGGGUUGGUCAGAUUGUUACAGAUUUAGUAGCAACCUCUGCAAAGAAACAUGAACCUCACAAAUUUAACAAAGAGCUACUACUGGCAGAAAUGCCCUUCUUGGAAAUUGGAGAUCCUGAAAAGUACAAGAGAAUGAAGAGUUAUCCUUCUAGGAGAGUGAUAUUUUCACAUCUUCGUCCUGAUAAAUUUCCAGUAUCAGUCUUCAAAAACAAAGCCAAAGUCCUGACGUUGAUUCGGAAUCCAAAAGAUGUAGCUGCAUCUUUUUUUCAUUUUUCAAAUACCUUUACUGCAUACCCACCAUACGACACAUUUGGACCAUUCUUUGAAGACUUAAUGAAGGGACAAGUGCCCUGGGGAUCCUAUAUUGAUUUUCUUUGCAUGUGGAAUAAGUACAUAGAUGAAGAAAAUGUCAUGCCAAUCACAUAUGAAGAAAUGAAAGAGAACACAGUUUUAGGAGCUGAGAAGAUAGCUAAAUUCUUAGGACUGAACCUAAAUGAGGAAGAUAUUCAAGGUGUUGCAAAAAGGAGUACGUUCAGCGCUAUGAAAGAUAAUUCUAAAACAACCCAUGGAGAAUUUGGUAACGCCCUCUUCCGUAAAGGUUCUGUAAGUGACUGGAAGACACUUUUUAGUCAAGAGAACAACCAGGAAAUGGACACAGUAUUCAGAGAGCGUUUAGCAGGAACCAAAGUGGGAGCCUUGAUAAAGUAUGAUGUCUAUUGCAAGGCGUGAAGACCCAGAAAAAGAUCUCAGUCUGCCUCAAUAGAAAGCAAAUGUUUGCGUGUAAAAGUGAUUCCACUACCUGUAGUAAAUUUUUAAUCAGUUCAAGAACUUAGAUGUCACAUUGAGUAAGAGACCUAAGGAAACUCUUCUUUCACAAGUAGCAUGCUGAUGCGUAGUCUGCAGUUGCCCCUAUUUCCCCCUCCUGCUAAUAGAAGCAUUAUGGGAUGUGCCUAUGUUUCCUGCCCAAUAUGCAUGGGCUAAGAAAUUUCAUAUACUAGUUAGUGGUGUAACUGUGAUAUAUUAUGGUAUAUUUUGCCUUUUUCAUACCGUAAUUUCAUUAUUAUUAUU